AUGACUGAACCUAAUAAUGAGUACUGGAAAAGCUUGAAGUCAUUUCAAGUUGAUGUACCGUCUCGCGAUCCAGAAUCGAGAAAGCAAAGAUACCUUUUAAGCAACUCUAAUACCAGAAAAUUCGAUCUUCAAAGCACCGUCAAGAGAUUUGAACAUCUGUUGUCAUUAAGUGGUCUGUUCAAACACUUCAUUGAGAGCAAAGCUAAGAAAGAUCAAAGAUUCAGCGAAGUACUUGACAUCUUAGGUAGCAAACAAAGCAGCUACGCAGAUUUGAAGAGACACGAAGAUGCAAGAAGACGUAAAAGUGAGAAGGAGGAAGACGCAGAAUUGUUGAAGGAAGAAGAAUUGGAACAAGACGAAUUAGAGGAUGUUUCUGCUGCGGUUCCUUUUGAAUUUAGAGAGUCCCCUGUGUAUAUUAAUGGUCAAUUAAGACAUUAUCAAGUUCAAGGUUUAAAUUGGUUGAUUUCUCUACACAGAAGUGGUCUUGCAGGUAUUCUCGCUGAUGAAAUGGGUUUAGGUAAGACUCUACAGACUAUAUCAUUUCUAGGUUAUUUAAGAUACAUUGAGAAGGUACCAGGUCCCUUUUUAGUAAUAGCGCCUAAGUCCACGCUAAACAAUUGGAAGAGAGAAGUGAAUAGGUGGACACCUGAAAUUAACGCCUUCAUUUUACAAGGCGAUAAGGAUGAGAGAAGUGAAUUAAUUAAAGAAAAUCUUUUAUCGUGUAAUUUUGAUGUUGUAAUUGCAUCUUAUGAAAUUGUCAUUAGAGAAAAAGCAUCCUUAAGGAAAAUUGAUUGGGAGUACAUUAUCAUUGAUGAAGCACAUAGAAUCAAGAAUGAAGAAUCUCUAUUAUCACAAGUCUUACGUGAAUUCACUUCUCGUAACAGAUUGUUAAUAACAGGUACUCCCCUGCAAAAUAACCUUCAUGAGCUAUGGGCCUUAUUAAAUUUCCUAUUACCAGACAUUUUUUCAGAUUCUCAGGAUUUUGAUGACUGGUUUUCAUCUGAAUCUACUGAAAAAGAUCAAGGUAGCAUUGUUAAGCAGUUACAUACGGUUUUGCAGCCAUUCCUUUUGCGUCGUAUUAAAAAUGAUGUCGAAACGUCGCUGUUACCAAAACAAGAAUUGAAUUUGUACGUUGGUAUGUCUUCUAUGCAAAAAAAAUGGUACCGUAAAAUUUUGGAGAAGGAUUUAGAUGCAGUUAAUGGUAGCAAUGGUACGAAAGAGUCGAAAACAAGGUUAUUGAAUAUUGUUAUGCAGUUGAGAAAAUGUUGUAAUCAUCCAUAUUUGUUCGAUGGUGCAGAGCCUGGCCCACCGUAUACCACAGAUGAGCAUUUAGUGUAUAAUUCAGCAAAAUUGAAAGUCCUUGAUAAGUUAUUAACCAAGAUGAAAAUGGAAGGCUCAAGGGUAUUGAUUUUCAGUCAAAUGUCCAGAGUUUUGGAUAUUUUGGAAGAUUACUGUUAUUUUAGAGGAUACGAAUACUGUAGAAUUGAUGGUUCAACAGCGCAUGAAGAUAGGAUUGAGGCUAUGGACGAAUAUAAUGCACCUGGUUCCUCUAAAUUCAUUUUCCUAUUGACUACCCGUGCCGGUGGUUUGGGUAUCAAUUUAACGUCAGCUGAUAUUGUUGUUUUAUAUGAUUCGGAUUGGAAUCCACAAGCAGAUUUGCAGGCUAUGGAUAGGGCACAUCGUAUCGGCCAAAAGAAGCAAGUGAAAGUGUUUAGGUUGGUUACCGAUAAUUCUGUUGAAGAGAAAAUCUUAGAGAGAGCCACACAAAAACUAAGACUUGAUCAACUAGUAAUCCAACAAAACCGUACAAUGCUGAAUAAAAAUAAGAAAGAAAAUAAAAAUGACCAAAAAGAUGCCUUGUUAACGAUGAUCCAACACGGUGCUGCGGAUAUCUUCGAAUCAGGUAGUACUGUGGGGACCACUGCAGCUUCGAGUGCAAGUGCCACGCCGGCUCCAGAUGGACUCAUUCAAAACAAAAUGGAUGAUUUUGAUCUAGAUGAACUAUUGACUAAGUCUGAAAAUAAAACAAAAUCUUUGAAUGCUAAAUACGACUCCUUAGGUUUUGAUGACUUACAGAAAUUCAAUCAAGAUUCAGCCUAUGAAUGGGACGGUAAAGACUUCAAGAAACAAACGCAGAAGGAUAUAAUUAACCUUGCAUGGAUAAAUCCAACACGUCGUGAACGUAAGGAAAAUUAUAACAUUGAUGGGUAUUACAAGGAUGUCUUACAAACGGGCGGUCAUCGUGGUGGUACGCCCGUUCAUUCUAGGAUGCCUCGUGGACAUCCAUAUUACUCGCAUCAAUUUCAGCCACCUCAAUUGAAAGUACUUUAUGAAAAAGAAAGAUUAUGGUUGACGAAAAGGGCAGAGUAUACGCCAACUUUGGAUGAUUUGAAGUAUGUGUAUGGCGAUGAUAAAGAGGAAGAUGAUGAAAACCGCGAGCAAAAAUUGAAAUUAUUGAAACUGAUGAUAGCGAAUGCUCAGCCAUUUACGGAAACAGAAGAGAAUUUGAAGGAAGAAUUAGAAAAAAUUGGUUUCCCUAAUUGGACCAAGAAUGAAUUCAGAAAAUUUGUUAGUGCUAAUGGUAAGUACGGGAGAAACUCGAUAGAAUAUAUUGCCUUGGAAUUAGCGCCUGGGAAGACAUUUGAGGAAGUGGCAGAGUAUUCAAGGGUAUUUUGGUCUCAAUUACCUGAGAUUGAAGAUUACGAAAAGAUUCUAAAGACGAUAGAGAUUGAAGAAGAGAGGAUUUAUAAAGUAAAAUUACAACAAGAGGCAUUACGUCGUAAGAUAUCGCAACAUAAGAAUCCUAUGAAAGAUUUGAAAUUAAAGUACUGGCCUUCAAAUGCCAUUUAUUCCAAGGAUCAGGACAGAUUUAUUAUUCUCAUGAUGUUUAAAUAUGGUCUUGGAAAGGACAGUAUUUUUGAAACGAUUAAGAGCGAAAUUCGUGAUUCACCUAUCUUUGAAUUAGACUAUUUCUUUAAGAAUAGAUCUAGCAGUGAUUUAAUGAAAAGAGGGCAUUUAAUUUUACAAAGUUUAGAGAGAGAAUUCAAUGACGGUAUUGUUGUUGAUGAUGAAUUUAAACGUAGGAUGGAGAUUGAAGAUGAGAAUGGCAAGAGACUUAAAGAAGAAUUCGAGAGGGAAGAUGAAUUGAAGAAACCUAAGUUAGAAUAA